AUGUUUUCCUCGCCAACAUACCUUCUUUUGAGCCUUUUGUCCUUAAACUUGCUCACCCCAGAGGCACAUUCUCUUCCCCAUCGUCCGCCUCAGGAAAGUGCCCCGCUCGACUUUGUCGACCUCAGUCCUCAUAUCACGGGCAAUCGUACCUUCUACCUUAAAAGUCCUUACACCCGUUCAAUGGAGGCCAAGAUCUACAACUCCAAUGGCGAAGUAGCAUAUUCUCUUAAUCCAGUUUCGACUUCCGAGACCAGCUCGAUUCAUCUCCAAAAAGCCAAUACGACCGCGGAAUGUCAGGUGAUCAAACUGGUCAGUUGGGUCAGAGUUGUUACACACCUAAAAAUAUCCUGUCUUCCUUUGCUCACCCAGGGUACCAUAUCUGCGAACCAGUCCAACUGCCCCAGCCAGAAAUUUCCAACGUUCUUUCACAGUAGCAAGUCCGGAGAAUGGACUGUCGAAAGUGAUACGGAAAAGCACAGUACCUAUGAUCCUCUAUUCACGAGAAAAUUCGACGAAGGACCAGUGGGUCCUAUCUAUGAUUCGAGCGCUGGAAACAUCACCCUUGCUGAGAUCUCAGUGAUACGCGCUCCGGGAUUAGCUCUCCACAAGCCUCCUAAACAUGUACCCCAUGGGGAGUAUUACUCUGUUCACAUCCCAGCAGAUCGAGGACACGACCCAUUCAUUUCUCCGACUGCCGCGAACAACACUUCAUACGUCUCCCAAAGCCUGUUGCUUUCACUCUCCCUCUCCCCACAGUUUGAGACAAGAACCCACACUAUUUCUCGCGACAAAACUACUUUUCUUAGCUGUGCUACAUUAUAUUUGUCCUUGAUUAACAUUAAAAAUUACCCCGGCGUUACACAUUUUGAACCUAUAAGCUCAAGGCUACAUGGCGAAGUGGUGCACGAGUUGAAAGUCUAUGCAAGCGCACCCUUAUUCCAGAUGAAGCCCACGACUACGAGUCCUGAUACUCCUGACAAGAUAGAGAUUGCUGAUGAAGCGCGUCGAAAAGGAGCAGAGUCUCCGGUGUAA